GGUGGGGUAUGUGAUUUUCUUUUUUGACCAUUUUUUCAAAAUAACUUGAAAUCCUAUUCCUAACCCACUUACUGGCUGUAAAUUAGAAGCACUGAAAUGAAAAUUAAGCAAUUUAAUCAUCUGUGGAACGGGCAGGACUCGAAAAACUCCAGCCAAUCAUUUUCAAGACCAUCUAGAAUCAUUGGACAGAAAAUGUGUCAAUCAAACGGUCGUACCAUGCCCCCCUCCCCCCACCACCCUGGCGCGCGUGUCCCGUUCGUGCGCAUACUCAAAGCUCGUGACCCAGUAACAGGAAGCGAUUUUAUUUAUGUAUGGAGAAUAGAGCUUUUAUAGUGCUAGUGGGGUUGUUCCACAUUUCUAUGAAUCCUGUUUUGAAUAGAAGACCGCUGUACAGACGCCAGGGCUGGCGAUGUUCUUUUAUUUUUUUACAGUUAUGAGAAAAUCAGCUCUACACCUUUCAAGAGUGGUAUGCGACCCCCUCCUCCUGCUGUGUCAACAAUUUGCUCUGAAAAAUUGUCUGACAGGUGAAUGCACUGUUUGACUAGUGAGUCUAGAACACUGCGCAUCUGAGUUUUCGCUCGUGCAUGAUUGCGCGUCCAUGUUUUUCGAAUGGGUGGAGUCAGGGCCAGCGUUGGAGGAGAGAAGAGUUUCCACUCACUGUGGUUGAGCAGCGACGUGCAGCUCUCGUGUUGGAAAAGCUGAGGGAAUACCACCUGUACCUCAAGGCUGAGAAGUGUUCUUUCCACCAGACAUCCCUCCAAUUCCUUGGUUACAUUAUCAGGGGGGAGUGGGGUGUGAUGUCACGGAUCCUUCUGACCCACCUAACAAUUUCACUCAACCCUCUCACUCUCAUAAUGAGUCCAGAGGGAAACAGCAGCACUCCUAUCAACUCAUCUCUACAGAGCGACUCUCAGUCUGCUAUCAAAGAUGGACAUUUGUCUCCAGAGAGAUUUCAACCUCCUGCUCCUCCCACAGACACCGUCCUAACCACCCCUAGAAGCAAAGCAAAAAAAUGCAAAAGUUUAGUAGCAUUUGAUGGGAAAUUUCUGAUAUUUAUACCACCUAAAGGAUGGAAUGUUUUUAGAUACAGAUAUUCAUCACCUUACAGAUCCUUUAUGAUGACACACUCGCCCUUUCAUAUACACCACCAUCCAAAAAAAAACAAAAAAAACACCACAUGCCUAAAGCCCUUUAGAACAUUACCAAACGACACCCCUUCUCUGGGAGAGUUGGCCGUCGUGCUUACUUGAUGACCGCAACGAAACAUUUGUGUGUAGCAUUGUUGCAUGUUCUGUCCUUUUUUUGUUUGUAUACCUGGUAAUGAUAAUCCUGUUCAGUUGCAGUAAUGUUAGAAUGUGAAAGUUGUGUGUCUUAGUUACUGUUAUGGUCUUUGUUACUAUCUUUUUUUACCUGUUUCAGAUAACAAUAAUAAUAAGUUAUUAUUAAUGUUCAUUAUUAUUAUUAUCGUGUAUAAUAUUAUCAAGAGUCUUGCA